AUGCUGAUGGCUAUUAUAGACAGUAUACCCGCAAAGUACGGUAACAUACACGUCGACCCGAAGAUCACCGCUCAGCUCGAGCGCGCUACCAAACUUUCCCUCUGCCGCCCCAAGGCGUUCAGCACUGGCAUCCUGGCCGCCAACAAAACCACCGGUGCGAUCCUUUUUGGGCCUCCCGGUACAGGAAAAAGUCUACUCGCCAAAGCAACAGCGCGUGAGUCUGGCUUCAACAUGAUCUGUGCCUCGACGGCCGAGAUAUUCCAAAAGUGCCAUGGCGAUGACGAAAAGGUAAUACAGGCGCUAUUCUCACUGGCACGCAAACUUCAUCCAUGCAUCAUAUUCAUCGAUGAGGCCGACGCCAUGCUCGGCAACCGCAAGGCUGGCGAGAGGCGCCAUAUUCGCGCCAUGCUCAACCAGUUCCUCAUCGAAUGGGACGGACUGAUGAGCGGGCUCGAUUCGCCAUUUGUCCUGCUCGCCACCAACAGGCCAACUGAUCUCGACCCAGCCGUUCUGCGUCGCGCACCUGAGCGCAUUCAUCUCGAUCUUCCAAGCUUAGCACAACGGAGCGGUAUUCUACAACUACUUCUAACGGGCGAAAGACUUGCUCCGGACGUGACGAUAGAGAAGCUUGCAAAAAUGACUACGCACUAUAGUGGCUCCGACCUAAAGAACAUGUGCGUGGCGGCGGCGAGGCAGUGCAUAUGGGAGCAGGAUGAAGACACGACGGAAAGGACGCUGACGCUAAACCAUUUCCACACGGCAUUGGUCACUGUCAAAGCUACGGGGCUGAGCAGGGUCGUGGAGAACGAGUUUAAUAUAUUUAAGAACGGCGCUGGUUCCGGGGCGGCUCGGGUGACAGGCGACGAUGAGUGA